AUGUCCUCCCCACGACGCAUCACCGUCCUCAUAUCCGGCAAUGGCUCCAAUCUCCAAGCCCUCAUCGACGCCUCAAACACCUCCCCCUUACCGAACGUGGAAAUCGUAAAAGUCAUAUCGGACCGCAAAGAUGCGUUCGGUCUACAACGAGCGGAGAAAGCGCGGAUCCCGAGACUGGUACACAAUAUAGUACCCUACAAACACCUCCCCGACAACCCAUCCGAUCCCUUCAGCUCCGAACGACGAAAAGCAUACGAUGCCGAUCUAUCCAAACACAUCCUCUCCUCAAAACCGGACAUCGUAGUCUGUGCGGGAUUCAUGCGGAUAGUAACACCCUCCCUCCUCAACCCGCUGCAAGACGCAAAAGUCCCGAUCAUAAACGUACACCCCUCUCUACACGGAGAUCUGAUCGGAGCACAUUGUAUUGAGCGGGCAUGGGAAGAAUUCCAAGCGGGCAAGCGGAAAAAGACGGGAAUCAUGAUACAUCAUGUGAUUGCGGAGGUCGAUUUGGGGGAACCGAUUGUGCAAGAGGAAGUUAGUAUUGAAGGGUGUGGGAAGUUGGAGGAUUUGCAGGAGAGGUUGCAUAAGGUUGAGCAUACGUUGAUUGUGGAAGGGACGAGGAAAGUGCUGGACAGCAGAUGA